AUGACGUGGAGGUUGGAUUUGGAGGAUUUAAAUGGACGGUUAGAGAUUGGGUUUUUGAGUGCUGGGGACCUGGGAAACAUCGAUAAAUUCUUUGAGAAACUAACUCUAAAAUUUGAAUUUAAGAAAUCAAGGAACAUGGAAAGUAUUUUUAAUGAAUGUGAGGGGAUUCUUGAGGACUAA